AGGCCCCAAAUCUUUCGGCGAGCGGGUGGCCUCGCACUACAAAGCAGCGCUGCAGUAUGUGCUCACCGAGACCUUCCGUGACCAGUCGGCGCUGGUCAUCAUGGAGGAGGAUGUGGUGGUGUCGCUCGACUUCCUCCUGUACUUCGCCCAGCUCAAGCCGUUGCUGCAGCACGAGGAUCUGCUUGGCGUCAGCGCCUGGAACGAGAACGCCCUGGGGCCCUACAGUGCCUCGCGCCAGCGCCUGCUGCGUGUGGACUCCUUCUCGGGUGUGGCCUGGAUGGUCUCCACGCAGCGCUUGCGUGAGCUGUUGCCGAAAUGGCCGCGGAACUUUUGGCAGAAAUUUUUGGGCAAGGUGGGACGAGAAGGACGUCAGUUCAUCAUUCCGGAGCUGCCGCGGGUGCAGCAUGCGGGCGGCGACCGGCAGGAGGACGGAGGCCCGCUCUUCAGCACCUCACGCGACCUCAGAGACGCUGAUUUGGGGGACCUACAGCGGAUGUCAGCGGAGGCUUAUGGGAGAACACUGGCAGCGGAGCUGCAGGCUGCGAGCCUGGUGGAAGACUUGGCGGACCUUCCAGCCCCGCUUCACAUCAAGGAGGGCUCCAAUCUUCGCUGGCGGGUGCACUACCAGAGCGACCAGCCAGAAAGCGAUGGAACUUGGCGCUUCGUGGCACGGUUUCUGCAGCUGCCGGAAGACGGACAUCCAGCCAUGUUGGACGGGGUGACGAAACUUCUCUGGGGCAGAGGCUUUCUCUACAUGGUGGCUUCCUCCUCUGGGCUUGCGCUCAAGGCCCGGCUGCGGCCGCUCCCGGCAUAUCCCUUGAAGCCGGAGGCCUUCCAAGAGGCCAAGAGCCCACUGAUGGUGGCGCCCAAUGCCCAGCUGCUGGCAGCCGAGAGGGCCGGCCAAUCUUGCCGCGACUUAUGCGCCUCCCGGGGCGAGUUUUGCGCACCAUCAGACCUGCGCUUCGUGAACCGCUGUGACGCCAUGAAGAAGGCGCUAUUCUGCGAGCGCUGCGAGCGAAACAUGGGCUCGGACCAACCAGCUGUUGCCAGCUCUCGCAGCAGCCGCUCCUACGGGGCGUGCCUCUACAACGGAGACGUGUUGCACCAUCCCAUCACUUGUGAAGCAGCGCACCGGGACACGAGGCGACUCUGCGUCUGCCGCCGGCCGUUUCCGGCAGGUAUCUCGGAAGCUGCGCCUGCGGUGCCGGCAACGGAAGAUGCAAGCAGCGCUGCCACGCAGGCAGCCAGCACUCCGACAUUGCAACAGCAGACCGCAGCUCCAAAGCUGCCGAACUCGACCUCAAAGUCUGGAACAGGCAUCCCACCCACUGCGCCUACGGUACAGACAACAGCAGAUGCAAGCAGCGCAGCCAGGCAGGCAGCCAGCUCUCCGACAACGCCACAGCAGACCGCAGCUCCAAAGUUGCAGCGCUCGACCUCAAAGUCUGGAACAGGUAUCCCCGAAGCUGUGCCGCCGGUACGAACAACCGCAGAUACGAGCAGCGCUGCCGCACAGGCAGCCAGCACUCCGACAACGCAACAGCAGACCGCAGCUCCAAAGCUGCCGAACUCGACCUCAAAGUCUGGAACAGGCAUCCCACCCACUGCGCCUACGGUACAGACAACAGCAGAUGCAAGCAGCGCAGCCAGGCAGGCAGCCAGCUCUCCGACAACGCCACAGCAGACCGCAGCUCCAAAGUUGCAGCGCUCGACCUCAAAGUCUGGAACAGGUAUCCCCGAAGCUGUGCCGCCGGUACGAACAACCGCAGAUACGAGCAGCGCUGCCGCACAGGCAGCCAGCACUCCGACAACGCGACAGCAGACGGCUUCAGAGAUGCAGCGCUCGACGUCACAGUCUGGAACAGGCAUCCCACCCAGUGCGCCUACGGUACAGACAACAGCAGAUGCAAGCAGCGCAGCCAGGCAGGCAGCCAGCUCUCCGACAACGCCACAGCAGACCACAGCUCCAAAGUUGCAGCGCUCGACCUCAAAGUCUGGAACAGGUAUCCCCGAAGCUGUGCCGCGGGUACGAACAACCGCAGAUACGAGCAGCGCUGCCGCACAGGCAGCCAGCACUCCGACAACGCGACAGCAGACGGCUUCAGAGAUGCAGCGCUCGACGUCACAGUCUGGAACAGGUGCAAGCCUUCACGACGAGACAGGCACCAAAGCCCGCGGCAAGGAUGCGAAGGCCGCACGUGCGGACGACGCCAGAAGUUUUGCGCCUUCUUCCAACUUCCUGGCAGCGACUGCAGUUCCCAGCUGAAACAGAGCCGCCAAACUGGGCCUGGUGGCGUUGGAGUACCUCGCAAGACGUUCCCUUUGAAGAUCCUACGAUGAGAAUCCUGCACAGUGGACUGGGUUGACUGAGCCGUUGACGCAGGGUGGGCUCGAAGACGGAGGCAGGGUGCAGCAGCCAAGGAUCACAAAACGGACGUGAGAGAUCAGGGGAUGGAGCUCAUGCCGAAGCAUUGCCUGGGCAGAGGCAGAGUCGUUGCCAAGCUUGCGGCUGACUGAGGCUGUCGCUGCUUUGUUGCAGCUGUACCUGGGCUUCCUUGUCUCCAAGGAUGCGUCACCAUGGAACCCAUCUCCACUGACCUGCUCAUGAUGCUCCGGAACGCUGCAGCCGGAAAGAACAGGAGAUUGCAGGCGGCAAGCGCAGCCCAGAAAACGACCGCAUCGCUUCACGCAGAGAAUGAGGAG